GUUCUCUCCCCAUUAUCUGAUUCCAUCCUGGCGGAGAAAACGGUCACAGUCCUGGAUGAUCGUGUAGGAAUUGUAGAACUUGGAGUUCAGCUCAUUACUGGGCUCUCUUUGUCUGUGCAAGCAAGCAAAGCAAACAAGAGAGUACUUAUUACAAGCGCAACAGCGAGCGACAUACUUCACAACUUUAAACAGGUACAGUACAGUAGAAUGUUAUAUUAAAUAUUCUAAGCAGAAUGUUUUUUGGAUUGAUGAUUUGCAAUAAAUGCUCAUUAUAUCUGCACAGGUGAAUUAAAUAAGUUAAUCAACCCCCAUCGACAUAUGGGUAGGAUUGCUAUGCUUCCAUGGUGGAUUCAGAACGUAUUUUAAACCUUUAGCUGCCGAGACAUUUCUUUCCUCUGUUCUGAAGCAAUUUUUACGUUUUCGAACUCACUGGAGUUAAACACCAACAAAAGUGAUUUUUCUGAGACUCACCCUUACCAAAUAUGUCUCCAAAUAACAAAAAAAACAAAAAACAAUCUUAAAAAAGCCACAAUGCAACAUGCAGAAAUUGAGUAAUUUUUCUGUGUACUUUAACAACAGCAAGAGUCUUUAUUUUAUCACGAUUUGAAAAAUUAACUCCAGCUCAGCUUCUCGAAAAGCAAAUUUAGGAUUCCAUACGCAAUUUUGUUUAUUCAAAAUUAACAAUAUAAAACUAGGUACAAAAUUAUAUUUCAGUUUGGCACUUAUUUUGUUAUGGUUUGAAUAUUCAUUAAGCAUACCGAUAGGGACUCUACGAUGGGGAUCGUUUUAGGGCAUUCUUAGCAGGUACAAUUUAUUAGGUGACUCCUUGCUAUGGCUACUUAGUGUUUAGUACAUUAUAUAUAUUCAGCUGGCGAUCUAUGAGGUGGUAGACAUACUUAGGACUAUUGUGCUAAACUGUUUGUAUUUUCUACUAUUUAGUUUAACCUUGUUCUAUUUCUUUAUAUGGAGACCUUGAAGUCUUUUACAAGAUCAGCUAGGUGAAGGAGUAUCUGGUCAUACUUUAAGCCUCCUGUUACAUCUAUUCAGUUCUUUUGAUAUUACUGCGAGAUUUACUGGUUUGCUGAGCUUAUUAGCUCUCCUUAGGGUUUUAGAUGUGGUGUGAUUAUUUUAUUUUCUGAUACUUAUAUUCUUUAAUAAAAUGUGAUUUUAUUCUGUAUAUAUUAAUUUGCAAACCCAGGGAACCUUAUUGUGCCUUUUGGGCUUAAGGUCCUUAGGAUCACUUCAGUGUUCACCUAUGGGGAUUCUGGUGAUGCUGGAGGUCCUCAUGCAAGGGGUGAGGACGCCCAGCGCGUUUAGAUGACCAAAAGUCCCUCUAGUGGCUGUCUGGUUGACUGCCUCUCUGCUAUUUCUAACUGGAUGGCUGCUCACUUCCUUAAACUCAAAUUGACCAAAACUGAAAUUCUGGUCUUCCCUCCUUCAAGUGUUGCUACUCCUGUGUCUGUCUCCCUCCAAGUCAACGGUGCUACCAUCAGCUCCACCACGCAGGCUCGCUGCCUAGGUUUUCUCUUUGACUUCAACCUCUCCUUCACGUGUCACGUUCAGUCUAUCACCAAAUCCUGUCAUUUCCAUCUCAAAAACAUUGCGCGCAUCGACCCUACUUAACACCAGAUGUGACUAAGGUGCUGGUCCAUUCCACUCUCCUUUCUCGCCUUGACUACUGUAAUCGGUCUUACGUGCUCUCAACUUGUGCCGUUACAGGCCAUGAAUGCGGCGGCGAGGCUCAUCUUCCUGUCUGCCCGCACCGCCCACGCCUCCCCCUUCUGUCAGUCCCUACAUUGGCUUCCUGUAAGAUAUAGGGCUCAAUUUAAAAUUCUGGUUCUUGCUUUCAAAUCUCUACAAAAUGCUGCUCUCACCUAUCUAUCCUCCCUAAUACACAAGUAUGUCCCGUCUAGGCCCUUACACUCUUCUGUCCAUACUCCCACCUCUGAUGCUUGCCUUCAAGACUUCUCGAGGGCUGCACCGUUCCUGUGGAACUCAUUUCCCUCCCCCGUUAGAUGCUCACCCAGUCUCCACUCCUUCAAAAAAUCAUUAAAAACCCACUUCUUCAUAAAAGCGUAUCAAUUAAACUGUUAAUAGCUCCUGACUGAUUCCUCUCUUGCAGCUGUCAUUAGUCUAAUACUAUCCUUACCGUCUGUGUCACUUUACCCCACUCCCUCUAGCAUGUAAGCUCAUUGAGCAGGGCCCUCAACCCCUGUGUUCCUGUGUGUUCAACUUGUCUGGUUACAACUACAUGUCUGUUUGUCCACCCAUUGUAAAGCGCUACGGAAUUUGUUGGCGCUUUAUAAAUAAUAACAUAAUAAUAAUAACCCUGCAAGUGUAAUUAUUGCAGUUUAUAAAAACUGCAAUAAUUACACUUGCAGGGUUAAGGGUGAUGGGAGUUGACACCCAGACCACUUCAAUAGUCCAUUUAAGUCCAAAUGACACCACACUGAAUGUAGAAAAUCCAUCCUUUGAGUAUGGAACCAUUUGGACUAUAAAAACAGACCUUGUUCACACUAUUUAGCAAUGUCUGGAUUUUGCAAUUCUGACCCUGAACAUACCUGAAGUUGGUCCAGUUGCCAGACUGCUGAAAUCCGGACCAAAUGCUGGAUUUAAAAAACAACGUGAACUCUUUGCUGCUGGUGGGCAAAUAGUUAAAAACCAUCAGCUACAUAAGGGUUAAUAAUGUGGCGGUUGGCCAGCACUUUCUUUCUACCCGCUGCAUUAACUAGUUAAUAAAUGUUAAAUAGAUAAGUAGAAAAAAAAAUACACAAACUUGCAACAUCCUGACAAAGGGAGAAGAGAGGGAUUCGGAUUAGUGUGAUUCAUGCCGAGCAGACUUCGAUUUCGGUUUUCUCUAUCUGUUGCUCUUGCAUAAUAAUUCCUGGUUUCUGUCAUUAAUGGACUCGACUCAAACUUAGAAGCUGGUUAAAAGGCUGGAUGUGGGGCUAAAGAAACUCCCCUACCUGAGAGGCGCACCCAACAAUGCAAUCUGACCAAGCUUAUAGUCCGUUUAUAAGCAUGUAUUACAGGGGUAGGCAACCUUCUGCACACCAGAUAUUUUGGACUACAUCUACCCUGAUGUUUUGCCAGCAUUAUGGCUGUAGAGAUAUUCCACACACCACAACCACUUCAGUAAUUUGAAGUGGUCAUCGAACCAGGAGUCUGUAUGUGCCAUGCUUUGCUUAAAAAUGCUGCAUAUACAGAGGUUAACUCUGGGCUGGCGCUAAUAUCAGUCUUGUGCAAAAUUGGCACCAGACAGCCUAUAGCAGCGAGGUAGCCAAUGGUAGCAUGCCAACCUCAAUGCUGCUUUUGUCCUCCCUCAGUUUGUACUCUCGGACUCUGACACCUUGCCCUACCCUUUUUUGGUGACUGGGGAGGGGGGGUUGACCAUCACAUGUGGUCACUAUAACCACAACCUUUGUUACCUCUAAAUGGACAUUUCAAACAUUAUGCACAUGUGUAUUUAUUAUUUUUUUGAGUUUUCUAGUUAUAUUUUAAUUACUGUGAUUAUUUCUUCUUUAAUUGGUAUAAUUGGCCAACAAGCGAUGACAAAUUAAUGUUACAUGCACGUGUAAUCAAGUUAGGGGAGACACUUGCAUUCAUUCUGUUUAUGGACUAACACUUAUAGGGUUAUUCACUAAAGUAAGAAUUCAAAGUGAAUUCAGUACGGUUAGAAAAACUUCCUAAAUUAUUUAUCUACAGAAGUCACAAUUAAAGUCUAUGGGAAUUUUCAUAGAUAGAUUUGGAAAUCUUAUCAAGGUGUAAGUCAGCUUUGCUUUAUGUUCAGCUACUCUAGCCUUAAAUUUCAAAUUCACCUAGACUUCACUUUGAAUUCUCACUUCAGCAAAUAACCCAGUUAAAAAUAUAGGCAUUGGUUUUUUGUUAUUUCAUUUCCUUGAAGAGUUUGAAUUUGCUGCUUUAUGUGGUCUCAUUAAAAUGUUUAGAUUCAUUGGUGGGAUUAACAUUGCUGAAGCUUGCGUGUUUAACAUAUGGUAUAGAACCCAUUUUUCCCAAUUCAAAAUGUUCAAAAGUGGUGUAAAAACAUAUUGUAACAGAAGGAUGGUGACUUUGUUAACAACUCACCAACAGUUAACAUGUUGAUACCUAUUUUAUAUUAUAGUGUUGACUCUUUGGCAACAUAUAAAACUAAGGAUUGUUGCGUUAAGUAAGAUUAAUAAUAUUGCAGGGCAUACUAGAAGUUACAGAAAAUCUUCAAUGUAUCUAUUUCAGUAAAAAAAAGAAAAAAUAAUUGCACUGCUUUUUUAAGGAAUAUAAAAUAAAAAAAGUUUAAUAAAACAAAUUAUUUGAUGUAUGUUCUAUGCUUUAUAGGAUAUAUAUAUAUAGUUAACCACUAUGUCAUGAAUUCAGAUGAAGAUUAUAAAUAUUAUUACUUUUUUUUUCCAGGAAGCAGUGAUCAGUGUGUGGACCCUAUUUAGUGAUGGAUCUGUAACACCCUUGGACAUUUAUGAGAGCAAGGACUUUUCACUUACGGUGUCUUCACUUGAUGAGAUGGUGGUAUCAACUUAUUUGAAUCCUUCAUCCAACUGGCCAGUUGUGGUUGCUGAAGGAGAAGGCCAAGGACCACUAAUUAAGUUAGAGCUAGGUAUCAGUGAGAUUUGCCAAAAGUCAAAGCGGAAGAGUAGCCUUGCAACAGGGACUGGAACAAUUAAAGUGAAGUUUGGGCAAAAAGAUUCAGACCAAAAAGGUAACGUGAAUGAGAUUCACAACACAGAUGAAGAGCUUAAAAAACACAUGAGUAAAACCACAGAAAAAGUAGCAGAACAAGAAAGGACGGUAAAUGAAUGGCCCAAGCAUGGAACAUCAGUAACCAAUUUUGAAGAUAAUGUUAAUAAAAAUUUAACAUCGGAUUCCCCUGUAGACUACCAAAAGAAUUUUAAUGAUGGUCAUAUACAUAUUAUUCCAAUAGCAUACACCAUUUUCCCUACACGAACAGGUUCUUCAGAACAUACUAAGGAGAGUGAACUUACACAGACAUCUCGAGGGUUAACAGACUUAGAAAUUGGCAUGUAUGCACUUCUUUGUGUAUUCUGUCUUGCAAUUUUAGUCUUUUUAAUUAAUUGUGUGGCAUUUGCUUGGAAGUAUAGGCAUAAAAGAUUUCCUGUGGCUGAUCAGGCCAAUAUUCCUCACUCUCAUGACUGGGUAUGGCUUGGAAAUGAGGUGGAGUUACUGGAAAACCCGGUAGAUAUUCCUCUCCCAGCUGAAGAGUGUACCACGAUGAUUGACCAAAGGUCACAAUUUGAAGAAAGCAAUUUUCUUCUCAAUGGGGGCUCCCAAAAAAAUCCAUACAGUCAAAUUCUUCGACCAUCUGAUUACACCUAUGAAAAAGAAGUCCAAAGUGAGCCAUUAAACCCUGGAGGAUCCAAAAGGAAAAGAGUAAAAUUUACAUCCUUUACUACUAUCUUACCCGAAGAAGGGGGCCCUUAUACUAAUGCAGUCAUAUUUGGAAAUGAUGAAAAUAUUAAGUGGGUUUGCCAAGAUAUGAACCUUGGUGAUUCACGGGAACUUAGAGACUACAUGGACAGCCUCCAAGACAACUUGUAA